AUGGAAAAAAUAUCGCACAUCAAUAGUGAUGUUAGUGGAGUUACACCCUUCCACACCUCACCAGAAGAUCAAAACAAACUCUCAACUGUGGUAUCAUCGCUGAUACUUCGAAGGCAGGCAGAAAUGUUUUGCUGCCGCAUGCGUUUAAGGCCAACAACCAUUGUUGUUGCGGUCUUGCUAUGUUUUCUGCAAACGACUGUAACCUUACAAAUACCAGAAGAUGUGGAAAUUCUUGAAGGUUAUGAAUUUGAUGAAUCACCGGAAUACUAUGGCACUGAUUCCAAUUACUACGAAGCACGCAGUAUGUUAACCGGUGUCAAUAAAGCUAUUCGCAAUAAACGAUCUACACUGGAAUAUGAACAAGCCAAGGGUCUAGUAUCUAAAUCAGGAUUGAAUAAAAAACUUCAAGAGAGUCUGAUACACAAUGUGGAAAGCGAUCGAAUUGAAUUACACAGUCCACCAGAGCAAUUAGGAAAAUCACAACAACAAAAGGGCGAUGAAUUAAAACCCGAAGCUAGAAUGCAACAGGAUGAAGGUGAGGAACCCCAGCCCUUACCCAAAGCAGAGAAACAAAUUAUGGACCCGGAUUAUGAUUAUUAUUCGCAACGUCAUAUAUCACCAAUGUGGAAAGAUUCGGUAAAUAUUUCACCAUCAUCGAAUGAUGAUGAUGAUACCAUAGCUGAUGCUACAAGUGGUUAUGCUGCCAGAUCGAGGCAAGCUCGUGUAAAUUUUAUAACACAACCGCGUAAGGAUAAUGAAGCACCAGCAAAAGAUUUACCCGAACCGGUGGUAACUAAAAUACCUCCUCCCUUAAUUAAAAAUACCUAUGAUCAGAAAGUGAGCCCACUAACACCAUCUUAUAAUUAUGAACUAUAUCCAUCACGUUCAUAUGAUCCAUAUCUCAGACGUUAUGAUCGAUUUGACGAACAAUAUUCACGUUAUGAUCCCUAUAAUUACGAAGAUCAUUUCCUUUAUCGCCGCCAUUAUGAUCCCUAUGACAGUUAUAGUCCACGUAUGCCGCAAUAUCCCGAACCCUAUUAUAAUUAUCCAGAUCGUCGUUAUGAUAUACCAGAACCCCGAGAAUAUUUGCCCGUCUAUAAUAAUGAAGUUUAUGAAAAAUCUUCAUAUGCUCCUAUAACCACUGCCUACCCUGAUCUAAAUUAUCCCGUAAAAUAUCCCAAUGAUUAUCCGGCAAAAUAUCCUUUGGAUUAUUCCCGACCGAAUAAACGUAUUGUCUAUUAUGCACAUUUACCGGAAAUUGUGAGGACACCUUACGAUUAUGCCAAUAACUAUAAUCGAGAUCGUUAUGAUGGUCAAACGGCUCCCAAUAAAGUUCUACCCAGUGCUUAUAAGCUGGAUAAGGCAGCAAGCGGUGUUACGACUACGUUGAGUAAUAAUGCCAAUGGUGGUGGUGGUAGUGGGGGCGUGGAUCCCUAUGAUUAUAUGAAACGUGAUAAAAAGGAUCGUGUCACACCGAAGCCUAUUAAGACAUUGCCCAAUGGAAGGCAAUAA